CAUCGUUGACAUUACUGUAGACAAAAAGCAAAUGCCACUAGGAUUCAGCAGUGAGCAUUUGCCAACAUAUAACAAGUGCGAUCAUUGUCAUAAACUAUUAUGCGAUGAGACAGAUAAAAGCUCUAUGGUUAUCGCAUGUGGUCAUGGAUACCAUAAGAGCUGUUUUAGUAUUUCAUUAAAGGGAAAAUAUCAUUAUUGUGAAAAUUUUCUUAAACUAGGUGUACGAAAUAAUGUUUCUUCUCUUCUUACAUGA